AUUGUUAACAGAAAAUAAAAAAAAAAAAAAUAACGUUAAAAGUAGAGGUGUUGUCCUUUUUUAGUAAUCCAAGUGCAAUAAAUUACAGUCAGUUUCUUUGCCCAGUCAACACCUUUUCUAUUUAUUAUUUCUUUCUAUACAAAGAUAAGGACAAAAUCAUCGCACUAUGCAAUUACCAGGCCUAUUUCGUUCAUUAUUGUUCCUAUACACUAUUCUAAACGGUAUAAAAUCUGAUAGUCGCUUAUUAGGAAAGAUAAAGAAAGUGAGCAAAAACAAAACAAACUCAUGCUUAUGCCACGUAUGUUUACGAUUAGUCAACGCGUUAUCUGUCGUCGACAAACGAGCCAUCAUGGACACCAGCCCACAAUUAUGUGCAGGAGAUCUAGAUUCUGUAGGAAUGCAGUUAGGAGAAUUACAAGCUGCUAUCAUGGCUGGCGGUGUGCUUAAUAUCAAACACGACUACCAUUCCGUCAAUCGUCAGCUCGAUGCAGCUCAAGACAGCUGUUGUGGUCUGAAUCAACAAAUGACUGCUUCUACCACAGAUGCAAACAUGUUGUUGCAAUCCUUGGCGGCUGUGGUACCCAAAGCGCAGAAUGCUCUAACAGAAAUCAAAAAUAUGGAAACCAACUCUAACUUCUUGACAAGGCUUUUUGUAAAGUCAUAUUUGGAGGACAUGGAUAGAAAGACGGCUGCCUUACAAUCAUGUUUUAGCCAAUUUAUGCCAACGGCUAAUGCAACGACUGUACAAGCUUAUUUUAACGAAAUGGAUGAAGCCUUCAAUGUCACCAAGUCUGCCUAUGGUAUUUAAAUGAUCAUUGAAACCCCCCCCUCUUUUUUUCUAUGUACAUUAUUUUGACGGCACAAUAAAGAAGCCAUCUAUUGAUGAAUGAACUA